GCGUAGAAAAAGUUUUCAUCAACAGCCGCCAUUUUGCGCUGGACAGACUGAGAAGAAUUUCGGAAUUUGUCGUGUAAAUUUUCUGUUUUUUCUUACAUCAUUUUAUCAUAAACUGUACCAUUCCGUGUAUUUUAAAGUGUUAAGUGAAAUUGUGUUGUUCGAUCAAAUAAAUAAGGCCCAUAAAGUAGAGAAAAUCUGGUGAUAUUGUUUUCAUUUAUUGUGUAGUUCGACGGAAGAUGGUGAGAGGGUCUGUGUAGCUCUUCGAUUCGGAGCUUUGUAAUGGCGAAUACUUGAGUGAGAAAUUUUAAUAUGUGCCUUCAAUGGUGCGAAGGACAUCGGACGAUUGUGAUGUGGGUGAAUUACGUUAUAAUGGAUGACAAAUCGCUCUAAAAUGUUAUUUCUUGAAGAUAUAAGACAUAAAAGUGUUAUUUGAAUCGGCGGGCCGAAAUAUUCACGACGGCUUACGUUUAGUAAACAGAGCCAUGGCCGAUCAUCAUGUGGAUGAACCGCCUAACAAGCGGGCAAAAAUGAUCAGGGACCCUUUUCAGGGUCCCUCGGACUCCGCGGCAGAUGGGUUUUCAAACCUUGACAUGUUUGACCUGGAGAAUCGCCUUCCUGAUGAACUUAUGGGCUCUUGGGUCGAACAGCCUGGAGUCACGGGUCCUAAGCCCCCAGCUCAGGGGCCAGGACCUGGGGGGCAAUUGGCCCCACAACAACUUAACGGGGAUGACCCGACAGCUGCUAUGCAGAGACAAAUGAACAAUCACCUUAUACAACAAGUCUUUUCACAGGGCAACAAAAGUGGCUUAGUAGGCCACACAAAUUCUUUAGGAUUGAGUAGUUUAGGAAGUAAGAGUCCAAAUUUACAAUCACCUCCAAACGUAUCUGUAUCAAAGGACCUGAUGGGUGGAAUGCACUCACAACUAAUGCCAAAUACAAGUCAUCCAAAUCAAUUACAUUCAACAAUCCCGAUGAGCUCCAUUCCAGGAAUGAAUGUUGCAAAUGUUGGAGGAAAUAUGAUAGUGACAAAUAGCAAUAUGACUGGCGCCGGCAUGCUCGGCAGCGGAAUCAUAAAUAAUGUCAAUAAGCAAUUGCCAACUCUUAUGGCUGGAAAUCAUCACGCGACACCACCACAUCAUCCGCAUGCACAGCAGAUGCAAAAUGGGCCUCUCGGGGGUCGAGUCGGUGGCGUAGGGGGAGUCGGGGGCGUGGGCAUGCAGGCACCGAAUAUGCGCACUAGCCUACAACAUCAUCCGCGUAUGCAGGCCCCGGGUGGGGGUGCGCUGCUAACGCCUUACCAUCCCACGUACGGACAGUCGGCGACGGGGAGUAACGCAGGCGCACCGGUUCCGCGACCGCCAGGCGUUCGAUUCGGGCCCCCCGGCGAAAGCGGCGGCGGUGCGGCACAGGCCGUGCCUCCGGCGCCGUCACCGCAGACGCCAGGCGCGCCGGCCGGCGGCCAAUCGCAGCCGCAAGCCGCCACGCAAGCCGCUGCCCCGCCCUCAGCACCACCCGCGCCCUCUGGCUCCAUCGCCGAUCCAGAGAAGCGCAAGCUCAUCCAACAACAGCUCGUUCUCCUGCUGCAUGCGCAUAAAUGUCAGCGGCGCGAGUUGCAAUCCAACGGAGAGACGUGGCAGUGCUCAUUGCCGCACUGCAAGACUAUGAAAGGAGUUCUGACACAUAUGAUGUCGUGUCAAGCCGGUAAAAAUUGUGCAGUACCCCAUUGUUCCUCAUCGAGACAAAUAAUCAAUCAUUGGAAGCAUUGUAACAAAAAUGACUGCCCUGUUUGUUUACCACUAAAACAAGCUGACAGGACUAGAACCAAUAACAUGAACUCGGCACCAGUGAGCCACACGACGACGGGCGUCGGCGGAGGGACCGUUUCUGGCGUGAAUGUAGGGGGCGUCGCGGGCGUCGGCAACGUAGGAGUAGGCACCGUGGGCACGGUAGGCGGGGUGGGAGGCGUGGGCAACGCGGGCGGUGGCAUGAGCGGCGUGGGCGUGAACUCGCUGCCGACGGUGGCGGCGGCGAGUGCGGCGCCGACCGCGAGCAGCACGCAGGGCGUGGACAUGAAGCGAGCGUACGAGGCGCUGGGCAUCGCGUGCCCCACAUCCGUGUCCAACAUGGUGGGCGGCGGUUUCCCGCGCGCCGCGCUCGCGCGCAUGCCCGUGCCGCGUCCGCCCGGCCUUGCCGAUGUCGUGCAGCAGCCACAGCAGAUGUCGCAGUUGUUCGCCGCGCACCAGAACCAGCAGGACCUACAGCAACAGCAGCAGCAGCAGCAGUUGAUGAGCGCUGGCACACUACAAUUACCCGGUGGACCUGUGACCGCUAACCCUGCCGCUGGUACGAAAGAGUGGCAUCAGUCUAUAACAUCCGAUCUCAGAAACCAUCUUGUUCAUAAACUGGUGCAAGCUAUUUUUCCAACCCCAGAUCCUCAUGCGAUGCUCGACAAGAGAAUGCACAAUUUAGUGGCUUACGCGAGAAAGGUCGAAGGCGACAUGUACGAAAUGGCAAGCACGAGAUCAGAGUAUUACCAUCUACUUGCCGAGAAAAUUUAUAAAAUACAAAAGGAGCUUGAAGAAAAGAGACAAAAAAGAAAGGAACAGCAACAACUGCAAGCUCAACAGCAACAACAACAACAGCAGCAACAACAGCAACAAAAUCAGUUACAACAGCAGCAGCAACAGCAGCAGCAGCCAGUGAAUGUUAUGUCGGGUGGGGGGGUUAUGAGCGGCGGACGGCCUCCAGCGCCCAACACCGUGGUGGGAAUCUCGCGGCCAACGAUGCCGACACAGCCAACGCUACCAGGCAUGCGCAUCCCGUCGCCCGGAAUGACCCACGGCAUGCCCACAAAUCGUAUGGCCUUUCAGAGCAACCUCGUCGGACCUCCCGGCCCAAGCCCCAAUCAGAUGCCGCAAACGCCGAACGGCGGUACGGUGGGCGUGGGGAGCGUGGGGCCGGGCAUGUCGCCAUUCGGGCAGCCGAUGACGUCGCCCGCGCCGCAGUACCCGCCGCUGGCCAGCAACGGGCCCGCGCCGCUGGCCUCGCCCGGCCACCCGGGCGACAAGCCGCGCCUGGCUUCAGGCCCCGCCGCGAGCCCCUUCGUCAACCACUCGGGGCCGUUCUCGCGCGAGGCGGCCGCGUCGCCGGGCACGGGCGCGGCGGCGGCGCCCGGCACGCCCGCCACGCCGCUGGCGCUGCCCAGCCCCGCGCCCGACCCGCGCCCGGCGGCGCGCGCGCCGCCCGCGCAGCCGCCCGCGCCGCCCGCGCCCGCCGCGCCCGCCGCGCCCGCCGCGCCCGCCGCGCCGCCCGCCGCGCCAGCCAACGCCGCGCCCGCCGCGCCCGCGCCGCCGCCUGCGCCGCCCAUUGACGACUCGGAUCUAUCGCAGGAGCAGGUUCGCAUAAAACAGGAACCAGAGGAAACCCGAAUCAAAGAGGAGCCAGAAGAUGACUGCGGGGGUAAAGGUAUGCGAGACGAGACCCCGAGUGAGCGCGAUUCUUCAGAGCGCACCGAUUUUGUAGUAAAGCAGGAAAUAAAAUCAGAAAUCAAGCAGGAAGUAAAAGAUGAAUCGAACGAAGGCACGACUGAGGGGGCGAGCACGAGGCGCGUGUUCGUCUUCAAGCCAGAGGAGUUACGCCUUGCGCUGAUGCCAACCCUGGAAAAGCUGUUCCGCCAGGAGCCCGAGUCGCUACCUUUCCGCCAGCCAGUAGAUGCACAAGCUCUGGGUAUCCCCGACUACUUCGACAUAGUCAAAAAUCCUAUAGACUUAUCUACAAUUAAGAUGAAACUUGAUCGCGGCGAGUACAAAGAUCCGUGGGAAUAUGUAGACGACGUGUGGCUUAUGUUCGAAAAUGCGUGGCUCUACAAUCGCAAGAAUUCCCGCGUGUAUAGAUACUGUAAUAAAUUGUCGGAGGUGUUCGAGCAAGAAAUAGAUCCAGUGAUGCAAAGUCUCGGAUACUGCUGUGGAAGAAAAUAUACAUUCAACCCCCAAGUACUGUGUUGCUAUGGCAAGCAACUGUGCACGAUACCUCGCGACGCCAAGUACUUCAGUUACCAGAACAGUCUAAAAGCGUAUGGGGUUGUCUCCGAUAGAUACACCUUCUGCCAGAAAUGCUUCAAUGACAUCCAGGGCGACACCGUAACGCUGGGCGACGAUCCGCAGCAGCCGCAGACUGCAAUCAAGAAGGAUCAAUUCAAAGAGAUGAAGAAUGAUCACCUUGAACAAGAACCGUUUGUUGUAUGUAUGGAUUGUGGUAGGAAACAGCACCAGAUAUGCGUGCUGCAUCAUGACCAAAUAUGGCCCCAGGGCUUCUGCUGUGAUAAUUGUUUAAAGAUGAAGGGAGCUAAACGGAAAGAGAACAAGUUUUGCGCUAAGAAGCUGCCUACCUCGAAACUUGGCAUUUAUAUUGAAACGAGAGUUAAUAAUUAUCUUAAGAAAAAAGAGGCUGGUGCUGGCGAAGUGCAUAUCAGAGUUGUGGCAUCUUCAGAUAAGAUGGUGGAAGUUAAACCUGGGAUGCGAACGAGAUUUGUAGAAUCGGGAGAGUUGUGCGCCGAAUUCCCGUAUCGGGCUAAAGCGUUAUUUGCAUUUGAAGAAGUUGACGGAACUGAUGUAUGUUUCUUCGGUAUGCAUGUACAGGAAUAUGGAAGCGAAAGUCCGUCGCCGAAUAAGAGGCGCGUGUAUAUAGCAUAUCUUGAUUCUGUUCAUUUCUUCCAACCCAAACAGUAUAGGACUGGUGUUUAUCACGAAAUUUUAUUAGGUUAUUUGGACUACGCUAAGCAAUUGGGUUAUACAAUGGCCCACAUAUGGGCUUGCCCGCCCUCAGAGGGUGAUGACUACAUUUUCCACUGCCAUCCGCCUGAACAAAAGAUACCCAAACCAAAACGGUUGCAGGAGUGGUACAAGAAAAUGUUAGAUAAAGGUAUAAUAGAAAGGAUAAUAUUAGAUUACAAAGACAUACUUAAACAAGCAAUGGAGGACAAUAUCUCUUCUGCGGCGGAAUUACCUUAUUUCGAGGGUGACUUCUGGCCCAACGUGUUAGAGGAAUCUAUCAAGGAGUUGGACCAGGAGGAGGAGGAGAAGAGAAAGCAAGCUGAAGCCGCCGAAGCAGUGAUAUUCCAGUCGUCAGAAGAAAAUGAACAAGGUCCGGAUGGUAAAAAGAAGGGACAAAAGAAGGCAAAAAAGUCGAACAAAUCAAAGGCCGCUCAGAGGAAGAACAGCAAGAAACAGAGCGACCAGCAACAGGGUAGUGAUCUCAGUGCAAAGAUAUUUGCAACCAUGGAAAAACACAAGGAAGUGUUCUUCGUUAUAAGGCUACAUUCCGCACAGUCCGCAGCCAGUUUAGCGCCUAUCCAAGACCCCGACCCACUAGUGAACUGCGAUCUGAUGGACGGUCGCGACGCGUUCCUAACGAUGGCGCGCGACAGGCACUACGAGUUCUCGUCGACGCGGCGCGCUAGGUUCUCGACGCUGUGCAUGCUGUACGAGCUGCACAACCAGGGCCAGGACAAAUUCGUUUACACGUGCAACAGCUGCAAGUCACACGUGGAAACCAGAUACCACUGCACGGUGUGCGACGACUUUGAUCUGUGCGUGCUGUGCUACGAGAAGGAGGGCCAUCCGCACAAGAUGGACCGGCUGGGGUUCGAUAUCGACGUGGGCUCGUCACCAGGCGACAUGAAGCAGGCCAACCCUCAGGAGGCCAGGAAGUUGUCGAUCCAGCGUUGCAUCCAGUCGCUGGUGCACGCUUGCCAGUGCCGAGACGCCAACUGCCGUCUACCGUCGUGCCAGAAGAUGAAGCGCGUCGUGCAACACACGAAGAUAUGCAAACGGAAGACCAAGGGCGACUGUCCGAUAUGCAAGCAACUCAUCGCUCUCUGCUGUUACCAUGCGAAACAUUGCCAGGAAACAAAGUGCUCAGUGCCCUUCUGCAGCAGUAUAAAGCAAAAGCUGAAGCAGCAGCAGGUGCAGCAGCGCGUGCAGCAGGCUAAGCUGCUGCGGCGGCGCAUGGCGGCCAUGAACACGCGUGCAAGCGGCGCGGGCGGCUCGAGCCCGCCGCCGCCGGCGCUGGCGUCGCCGCCGCCGUCCAAGCCUGCCGCGCACGCCGCGCACGCCGCGCACGCGCAUCCCGCGCACGCCGCGCACGCCGCGCACGCCGCGCAUGCCGCGCACGCGGCGCACGCGCUCCCGCACAACGUGCAGAAGGCGCUGCAGCAGGUACAAGAAGAAGCGGCCCGGCAACAGGCGCCGUCGUUCGGCAAGCACUGCAGCUUGAUGGGACCGCCCGGCGGACCCGGCGGGCCGGGCGGGCCGGGCCCGGGCGGCGUGGGCGUGGGCCCGGGCGGCGUCGGUCCCGGCGGCGUGGGGCCGGGCGGCGGCGUGGCGGCCGGCGUGGGCAUGGGCGGCGUGGGCGCGCGCGGCGGCGACUGGCCGGCCCGCUACCGCGCGCCGCCGCCGCUGCACCACCCCGCGCACGCGCGCCUGCCGCCGCACCACCCGGCGCACGCGCAGCACCCCGCGCAGCCGCACGCGCCCGCGCAGCUCCAGCAACGACCGCCUGCACCCCAGCAGCAACAGAACCAACCUCAAAUGCAUCAACAAGCGCUACAGAAACUAAUGGCGACGUUACGGUCGCCGACCAGCCACAACCAGCAACAAGAGAUACUACAGAUCCUCAAGUCGAAUCCGCCUUUAAUGGCAGCCUUCAUCAAACAGAGACAGAACGCCCAGAACCAACAAACGUCUACGGGUGGCGUGGGCGGUGUGGGCGGCGUAGGAGGAGUGGGUGGCGUAGGUGUAGGCGGCGCGUGCGGCGUCGGGCUCGGCGGCGGCGUGCCGCAGCAGCAACAGCAGCUGCACAACAUGAUGCAACCGCAGCAGCAGCAGCGGCUGCAGCAGAUGCACCAGAUGCUGCCCCAGCAGACACAGGUGGGAAACGUGUCCAAUGUGGGCAUGGGCGGCGUGGGAUCAGUGGGAGGCGUGGGCGGUGCUGGUGGCGUCGGGGGCGUGGGUAGCAUGCCACAAGCGGGCGCCGGCGGAUGGUUCAACAAGCAGGCGGGCGGCGGCGCGGGCGCUGUGGGCGGCAUGAUGGGCAUGCGGGCGCCGUACGCGGGCGGCAGCGCGGCGGCGGCGCGGCUGGGCGCCCGCUACGGGUUCCCGGGCGGCGGCGUGGGCGCGGUGGGCGGCGUGGGCGGCGUGGGCGGCGUGCUGCAGCGGUCACCGCCCGCCACGCCGUCCUCGCGGCCGCCCACGCCCUCGGAGCUGCUGCUUCUGCGGCAGUCGCCCGCGCCGCCCGCCCCUCACCCGCCGCCCGACGACCAGCUACCGCCGAUGACGCCGCAGGACCAGCUCACCAAGUUCGUCGAGCAGUUGUAGUGUACAUAGCCGAGGCGCGGCGCGUCGCCUUGUAAUAUAUAAGCUACCGGUGACGUCGCGCGAGUUCCCCAUCCCGCCCCUCACCCUCCUCUCCCUUCGCAUCCCUCGCUCGUGCCCCUCCCAGCCCUAUUUAUUGUCGAUAAAGUUAUCGUUAGUGACGCGAGGGACGUAAGUUAAGUAUUACGAUGACCGAAUCGAGCGCUCAAUGUACAAAAUGUAAAUAUGAGAGAAGUACGUCCUGUCAGCUUCUGCGUAAUAUAAGUUGUUCGUACUGUAGGUACAUUAUGAUACUUAUUCUGUUUAUUGUAAUUAAAUCAUUUUAUAAUAUAAUUAUGUGAUUAUAAA